AUGUCAAUGAUAAUUGCUCAAACUACUAAUACUUAUUUCGGUUCUGACAUUCGAAAAUCAUUAGGCUCUCUUCCCGGAUUUCCAUGGACAAAAUACCCCGGAGAAAAGCAUCUUCCCGGUCAUAAUUAUACUGGUCCAGUUACAAGGUUAGAUCUGCGAUUAGACGAAAACGAUAAACCCAAACCAGGUGAAGAACCCGUUAAUAGAGUUGACGCCGCUGCACUUAAACACGACAUACUAUACAGAAAUAAAGACAUAACAUCCAGACACGAAGCAGACAAACAAAUGAUAAUCGAACUUGAAAAUAUUCCAAAUCCAACUUUCAAAGAGAGAAUUCAAAGAGCAUUAAUUAUUAAACUCUUGAAAGCAAAGAUGAAAAUGGUAAAUAAAGAACAUUUAAAAGAAAGAAUAGGCGAUGUGAAAAGAUACUUCAAACGACAAAAUAAUAAUAAAGAUUUUAUUGAUGAUACUAAAUUACAACAAGAAGUAACAAGUUUAAAAAGUUUUAUUGAAGAACAAUUACUUAAUGUAGUAGAUAAAACUCAAUUACAACCUUUAAGUUCAUUAAUAUCUAAUUCAGAUGAUAAGAUUACAAAACAAAAAGUAGAUAUUAAACAACUUAUAGCCAAUAUUAAUCCAGUUUUCCGUGUGAGAAAUACUGAAUGUAUUCCUACCGGUGAAACAAUAUAUCAGUUGGAAGGAUAUGGAUUUAUAUUAAAAAUAAAAGUAUUUUCAUAUAUAAGUGGAAACAUUAAAAACAUAUUUGAUGAUUCAGGAAACUUUAAUUUCCGAGGUAAAUCUCUAAUUCUUUUUCCUGUAAAAGAUAAAAUCGAUUCAAUCUUCUUCUCUCAUCCAUCUAACUAUUUUAACGCUCGUAAGAUUUUCGAAUUUAUCAAUGGUGGCGAAUAUGUUGAAAAUAAAGAUUUGGAAGUUAAUGAUGAAAACAACAAGCCUAAUCAUAUGUAUGAAAUUAAAACAAAUGAAAAAUAUACAGACACCUUUAGAUUGUCAAUAAUACCAGACAAUGACAACGAUAUUCUUUCAAUAGGUGAAAAAAUCACACACAAUAAAGAGUUAUACGUUUUUGAGAACAUUAGACUUUGA